CUUCCAAUCAAAUAUGGGUGUGCGUGUUGUAGCUCUUAAUCGCAUAGAGUUAGUUUCCACACGCUGAAGUAGUGGUCAUUUAAUCUUGUUUACAACGCUUCUGUAGUCGACUCCACACAGCUUCAAACACCAACAUGCAAGCAGCUAUGGAAAUAUCAGCAAAGUACUGUUAUAAAGAACUGGAGACAUAUGGGUCAUGCGUUGCCUCAAAUCCAACGUCUUGGCAACACAAGUGCCAUGACCUAAAACUCAAGGUUUCGCAAUGUACAUCAUCACAUCCAGUGAUCCAGAAGAUCAGGGAAGACUGCUCCACAGAAUUUGAGAAAUUUGAGCAAUGUCUGAAAGAAAACCUGACCUCACCUACCUCUUGUUCACCACACGUGACCCGCUUUCUAGGCUGUGCAGACUCCGUUGACCUCAGCAGCGUGGAUACAAGUUCUGACACAUCAUAGGAUUCAGCAACUUCUAUCGUCAGACCAAACCUCUACACAAGCUGGAAUUUAAUGUGUCAACUGUGUUUAUUUGAAUAUAUAUAUACAUAUAUAUAUAUAAAUAUAUAUAUAUGCUGAGUGUUUAAUAUCUGUUUGUCUUACUGUGACCUAUUGUGACAGAUUUCAAAUGUAAAACAUAGGAAUGCUCCAGCACUGUACAUUACAUCAUUUGAAUAUCACUUAUACUUGCGUUUGAAUAAAUAAGUCAGGUUUGCAAUGUUUUGUAUACCACAGUUUUACUUAAUUAAUACUAGGUUUCCAUUAUUCAUUUGGUGUCAUAAUCCUGUGUUGUUUUAUGGUGAUUAUUUCUGUCUUUACUGCCAAUGCCUUUUCCAGGUCAUAGUCAAAUAUUAAACUGGAAUGCAUUGCUCCCACA